UCCGGCAGGACCAGGAGGGGGAAGGGACGAGAAGCCCCCCCCGACACCCCCGGGGGGACCCAGGCGUCCGGGAGCGGCCCCCGCCUCCGCAGCGGGAAGAACGGGGCCUCUGUCCCCGCGGGGACAAUGGGGACAUUGACGGGGACCCCCCGGCCCCCCUCUGCCCCCGCAGGACCCCCCAUGGCAGAAAGCGACAACUCCGCCCUCCGAGACCCCGCCCCUGCUGGACCCCGCUCCCAGCCCUGCCGGCCCGUGCCGAGGGUCCACGCCUUUGGAAAGGGGGAGCAGGCACUGCGGAGGGACCCCCGCACCCCCCCCGCCAUGCAGGGCUGGCUGCACAAGCAGGACAGCUCGGGACUGCGGCUCUGGAAGCGCCGCUGGUUUGUACUGGUGGAUCUCUGCCUCUACUACUACCGGGACAGCAGCGAGCAGCAAGUGCGGGGCGGCCUCCCCCUGCCCGGCUACAAGAUCCGCAUCCUGCCCCCCGCCCACCGCGCCCCCCGAGCCCCCCAGUUCCUCUUCACGGCUGAACAUCCCGGGAUGCGGACGUACUGCCUGGGGGCUGAGACCCCCGAGGAACUGCACGCGUGGGUCUGCGCCCUGCGCCGGGGGGCAUCGCCCCUCCCCGGCUCCCUCUCCCAGGAGACGCUCCAGGAACCCCGGGGUGUGGAUCCUCCCUCGCCCCCAUUGCCCACGCAUUCCCCAGGUGAGGGGCUCAGGGACCCACCCGUGCUCCCUCCUUGCUGCCCCUCAGUCUCUGCAGUGCCCCACAGCGAGGUGCCCCCAGCCCAGGAGGAGCCCCCGGUGCGGGGAUGUCCCCCCAGGGCCGGGGACACGCCGGGGGGGCCGCGGGGACCCCCCGAGCCCGCGCCCGCAGGGCGGAGCCCGAGGAAGCCCCGCCCCCUUGGAGCAUCUCAGCAGCCCCCGCCGGAGCGAGACAUCGGGACCAUUCGGCCACCGGCCUCUCCAACCGCCUCUUCUGAUUGGCUGCCGAGCCCCGCCGGGCCCGCGGGCACCGCCCCCGUGCCGGCAUCCAAUGAGGCGUCGCGGCAGCGGCGGGUGGGGGCGGGUGGGCGUGGCUGGCCUCGCGAAGGUGUGGCCGGGCGGCCAAUCAGAAUCACCCUGCUGCAGGCCAGCUUCUGA